UGCCGCCCUCAUGUUCUUCAGCCACCCUUCUCUCUCUGUGAUUAUGCCUUCUUCAACAUCGCAUUCAAAACAACUCACCCCGUGUUGCUCAACCCUCUGGGAUCUGUAGACAGCCUCUGCGGAAGAAAACAUGCUGGCGCCCUUCGCUUUGCCCUUGUUUGUCCUCCUGGGGCCGGCACUUGCGUCAUUUCGGGAGGACUGUCUCGCUCUCACGCCCCAGUCGAUAGUGGCCAACUCGACCGGCCGAGAGCUAGCGUUCGUCACGUCCGGCACCGACCUUGUCUUUCCAGAGCAGGAUGCCGCCUGCAACCGGGCAAGCCAGGUUGUCAGGGCGGACCUCUGCCGGGUUGCCAUGAACCUGACAACCUCGGCCAGGUCGGAGGUGGUGACGGAGGUGUGGUUACCGGAGAAGUGGAACGGCCGUCUGGUGACUGUUGCCGGAGGGGGGCUCGAUGGCUGCGUUCACUACGAGGAUAUGGCGUACGCCACCGCUCAUGGGUUCGCAGCCGUUGGUACGAACAACGGACACGCGGGGACAACCGGAAUCCAGUUCCUGAACAACGACGACGUGGUGAUUGACUUUUCCUGGAGAGCACUACACGUGGGAGUCGUUGCAGGCAAACAGCUCCUGCAGUCCAUGUACAAGCGACCGGCGACAGGCUCAUACUUCUUGGGCUGCUCGCUCGGCGGGCGUCAGGGCAUCAAAGCCGCAGACAUGUUCCCCGAAGACUUUGACGGCGUCGUCGCCGGCGCCCCCGCCAUCGACUUCAACAACCUCUACUCCCACAGGGCCAGCUACCUGCCGCAGACCGGUGCCGCGGACUCAAAGGACUUCAUCGCCCCGGCGGUCUGGAAGACGACGAUCCACAGCGAGGUCCUCAGGCAAUGUGACGCCAUCGACGGCGCGGAAGACGGCAUCAUCGAGGAUCCGGCCUUGUGCAACUUCGAUCCCGGAGCCCUGCUGUGCCGCGGCAACGCCACCGCCGCCGACGGCACCGGCUGCCUUUCGAGCAAGCAAGUCGAAAUCGUGAGAGGGAUUUUCGCCCCGACAAAGGACGCCCAGGGAAACGUGUUCUGGCCGGGCAUGAACCCCGGCAGCGAGAUCAACACCGCAGACGGGCUGUACAACGGCAAGCCCUGGGCGAACUCGCAGAACUGGUUCCGGUACGCCGUGUACAACGACCCGAGCUGGGAUGCCUCCGGCUACAGGCUCGAGAAGGACGGCGUCUUCGCCGAGCAGAAGAACCCCGGCGACAUCAGGACGCACCCGAGCGACCUCUCGGCCUUCAAGAACAGAGGUGGGAAACUUCUCAUGUACCACGGCCAGCAGGACCACCAGAUCACGAGCUUCCGCACUCCCAUGUUCUACGACCGCCUGUCCCGGGGCAUGGGCCUGAGCACGGCUGAGAUGGACCAGUUUGCCCGCUUCUUCCGCAUAUCGGGGCUGUCCCACUGCACGACGGGACCCGGGGCCUGGCUCAUCGGCCAGGGGGGCGCCGGGGGCAACGCCGCGGCCAUCGCCGACAACCUGCCCUUCUACGGGACGCACAACGUCCUCGCUGCCAUCGUGGACUGGGUCGAGGGCGGCGUCGCUCCGGACACCAUAACGGGGACCAAGUUCGUCAACGACACGGUCGCUUUGGGCGUGGAUUUUCAGCGCCGGCACUGCAGGUACCCGCGGCGGAACGUCUUCAAGGGGGAUGGCUUCGACCCCAAGAACGCCGACAGUUGGACAUGCACAUGCAGUUAGCGAGCUGUUGCAGUUAGAACUUGGAAUAAUGUCUCGUCGAGAUGAAACCAUAACGUAUGGCUCUGAAUCAACCUUCGCUUUUGGUUACUUUACGUAUCGAGGACCCAAGCCGCAUCUUCUGCAAACGAGGAUAUCAUCAUCUGUUCUUGCUCACAAGUCCUCAAUUACGAACCAAGAUAAAACUGCUCCCAGAAUCUCACCGUGGUACGUGCCUGAAAGUUGGAAGAAUCAGGGUUAAGUUCCCGUGAGGCUUGGUAUUGACCGUUGUCUUCGACGCCAAUGCUAGUGUUCCCUUGACUAAAGGUCCGAGUGAGCAAGUCUUGAACCUUGACAAAAGAGGGUUUUUGGGCACGGAGAACAUCCUCAGAAGAGACGCGGCCAAGUUGCCGCUUUGGUUGCCGAUUUGGUUGUUCCCUCGCAUGCUGCUCCAACAACCAUGCAAGUGACUGAUCAAAUGAUAAAACAUUCGAUCCUUCCCGAAAAGGCCUAGCAGCUGCAGUUAGACGAACAAACAAGCCUGUCUUAUUCGCCCGGGGAUCCGGGUACAAAAAAACUGCUCUCGGCGGG